UCUCCAGUCACGUGACUUACAGCUGUCUCAACGUCACAGCAGUCGUCGGUCUGGAUAAUUCCACAUGAGCGAAAAAUGGCGUUCACAUUCGCGGCCUUUUGUUAUAUGCUGGCGCUACUGCUGACAGCGGCGCUUAUUUUCUUCGCUAUUUGGCAUAUAAUUGCGUUUGAUGAGCUGAAGACUGACUAUAAGAAUCCUAUAGACCAAUGUAACACGUUAAACCCGCUCGUCUUGCCGGAGUACCUCAUCCAUGUGUUCUUCUGUGUAAUGUUCCUGUGUGCCGCAGAAUGGCUGACUCUUGGACUCAACAUGCCCCUGCUGGCCUAUCACGUCUGGAGGUAUAUGAGCCGCCCUGUGAUGAGUGGACCUGGAUUGUAUGACCCCACUACAAUAAUGAACGCAGAUAUUCUGGCAUACUGUCAGAAGGAGGGCUGGUGCAAACUUGCAUUCUACCUUCUCUCAUUCUUCUACUAUCUUUAUGGAAUGAUCUAUGUUUUGGUGAGCUCCUAAACCGGAUACAGCUGGAAAGCGUAUAUGGAAGCGUUUGAGAUGCUGAUUUUAAAACCCAGAUGGAGCUGAAUUUGGACUCGGCCAUCUCUCUCAGUUCUGCCUGGCUGUUUCAAAAGGACAUUGACUUUAUUUACUCCUCAUUGGCCAAGAACGAACCAGGACAAAAGCAGCCUGCACAACUCCAGAACCACACAUGCAAAAAUAAAUGAUUCUUCAGUACAACCUGUUUAGACUUACACACACACACAUACAUAUGAACGCCACACCAAUGCCAAAGCACUUCACACACUGAAAGCAUCAGUAGAUGAGAUGAAACAGUUUACAUAGACCAGAUUGCAUCCAAAGCAGAGGCACAAGGACUUCAACACUAUACCACUGAGGGAUAUGUGCAAAGAUUUUACUCUUAGUUUUUCAAACUGUGGGACAAAAUAUAGAUCUUGAUUGUAGCAUUUUUACAGACUUAUUUUAUCUUAACUAUAUUACUGCCUUGUAGCUCAGUCAGUUCUUUAAUUUGUCCUUCAGAGUCAUGAGCUGCUUUGGUGGUUCAUGAUCUUUCAGGUCCAUGUUUUUGAGCUCAUGCUGGUGGUCUGCUUCAUGUUGAUGGCUCUUAUCAGAUGAAUGCUCCAUUUCAAGUGUGUUGAAACCACAGUUUACUGUCUUGGUAGCAAAUGAGGACUGAUGCUUUCAGUGUGUUGAAGGCUUUAUUUCGCUCAUACACCCUGGAAAUACUCCACAUGUACUUUUUUUUUUGCUUUUAAAUUUUUUUUGUGUGCAUUUUGUAUUUCUAAGUGUAAUUGUUUUCCAAUUUUGUUUUACUUCCUUCCGUUUUUGUGAGAUGAGUGUGGACACUAUUUUGGUUUGUUGCUGGCAUGUACUCAGUGUGCCAAGAUGCCUUUUUUUUUUUUUUUUUUUUUUUUUUAAAUAGUCUGUCAGUAAUCACAGACUGAGGAUUCAGUCCUGAGAUUAUGCUGUAGAGUUUGCAUUUUGAUUGAGAGCAGAGCUGUGUGAAAGGAUUCACCACCACAGCGACAGUUGUUUGUAAUCACCAAGCUGGACCACCAAGGUGAUAUUCAGUGUAAUAGGUAAUAGGUUAUUUUUGAUUUCCGUAUUUGAUUUUUCCCUGUGAUUGUUUUAGAUUUUAUUUUGCUUUUUUCCCCCGUGUGUGUGAAUCCAGUUUGAUGUGUGUUUGAAUGUUAUAAAGUCUUGCAAGAGCUGUAGUAACUUUUUUUCCCCUCUUUCUUUUUGGCUUGUAAUAUUGCUUUAAAAUUCCAAAUAAAGCCCCCCAUAGACAAAUCA